AUGGGAUCAAUCCAAAACACAGUCCACUACUGUUGUGUCUCAAGGGACAAUCAGAUUCUUUACUCUUACAACAAUGGCGGAGACCAACGGAACGAGAGUCUCGCUGCGUUGUGUCUGGAAAAGACACCUCCUUUCCACAGAUGGUACUUCGAAACCAUACGCAAGAAGACUUUUGGUUUCUUGAUCGAAGAUGGGUUUGUGUAUUUCGCCAUUGUUGAUGAUGUUUUCAAGAGAUCCAGCGUUCUUGAAUUUCUGGAGAAUCUUAGAGACGAGUUAAAGAAAGCAGAGAAGAAGAAUUCGAGAGGAAGUUUCUCUGGGAGUAUCGGUUUUGGCAAUGCUCAAGAUCAGAUUGUUAGAAGACUCAUAGCUUCGUUAGAGCGUGUUGCUGUGACUAAUCACCUCGCUUGUCUUCCAUUAUCAUCACCUUCCAUAGAUGAUGCAGCUACUUCCACUGCAAAAGCUCCACUUCUGGGAAGAUCAUCCAACAAGCAAGAGAAGAAGAAAGUGAAAGAUCAUCAUCAUGUGAAUACAUUAAGAGGCAUUGAGUUACAGGAACAACGGAAAUCUACUGAUAGAGGAAACGUUACGGAAUGUUCUAACGCCUCAUCUGCAGAAGCAGAAGCAGCAGCAGCAGAAGCAACGUAUGUUCCAAGAAGAGGACGAUCUAAUGGUUCUCAGAGCAUUGAAAGGAAGUGGCGGCGUCAAGUGAAGAUUGUUCUUGCUAUUGAUGCAGCUAUUUGCUUGACGUUACUUGGUGUUUGGUUGGCUAUUUGUCAGGGCAUUGAGUGUAUACGUUCUUGA